UUCUUCGCGUUCAUUUCAUUCUUGCCCUCAUUCCGCGCAUACUUCGCAUCGUUGUUAGAUACGCGGAAUAGUCGCGCUCCGACAAGAAGAAAAAAAAGUGAUCAGCUGGAAAUAAACCAGAGCGUGCGCUCGAUCCGAUUGCUCAGCAUCAGACACGUUUGAAAAAAGACACAGAGAUUGUGCAAACAUCCGCAGAGAUUUUCAUCACUUGUGGAGGUUCAAAAAACACUUUUUUCUUCGAUCCGUGCCAGCUAGUUUACCGCGGUCUCGUUGCGACAGUUGCUCUUCCCAGGUCAGUCCGCCUAGAGUUCUCCAGGCUUGGGCUCCGAGAUCCCAGCUGUUGCCAUGGAUCCCAGCAGCUGGAGCGGCAGCGAAAGCGCCGGGGAGGAUAUCGAGAGGAUGAGCGACUCGGCCGAUAAGCCCAUGGACAACGACGCAGAGGGCGUGUGGAGCCCUGACAUCGAGCAGAGCUUCCAGGAAGCCCUGGCCAUCUACCCACCCUGCGGACGACGGAAAAUCAUCCUGUCUGAUGAGGGGAAAAUGUAUGGUCGUAAUGAAUUAAUCGCCAGAUACAUCAAACUGAGAACGGGCAAGACACGGACAAGAAAGCAGGUCUCCAGUCAUAUCCAGGUUCUUGCCCGGAGAAAAUCCAGAGAAUUUCACUCCAAGCUAAAGUACUGCCCUUCAGAAGCUACAGAAGAUACUUACAUGUUUCCCAGAAGACAAAAUAAGGACCAAACCGUGAAGAAUGAUGCCAUCAACAGGAUGGCGGCCAUGUCUUCGGCGCAGAUCGUCUCGGCCACGGCCAUCCACAGUCGGCUGGGGCUCGCCGGACUCCCUCGACCCACUUUGCCUGGGGCGACAGGGAUUUGGCAAGUUUCAACGGGGCAGCCUGGUUCCUCACAAGAUGUGAAGCCAUUCGCACAGCAGAGUUACCCCAUCCAGACAGCCACAGCCAUCGCAGCUUACGAGUCCCCCACACCCCUGGCAGCCGCAGUCCCGGCGUGGCACGGGCGCUCUAUCGGCACCUCUAAACUGCGGCUGGUGGAGUUUUCCUCCUUCCUGGAGCAUCAGCGGGACCCAGAUUCAUACAACAAGCAUUUGUUUGUGCACAUCGGCCAAACGAAUUAUUCAUACAACGAUGCACUCCUGGAAACAGUGGACAUACGUCAAAUCUAUGACAAAUUUCCUGAGAAGAAGGGUGGGCUCAAGGAGCUGUUUGGAAAAGGACCUCAGAACGCUUUCUUCCUGGUCAAGUUCUGGGCCGACCUCAACUGUAACAUCCUGGAGGAUUCUGGGGCAUUUUACGGCGUAACCAGUCAGUACGAGAGCUCGGAGAACAUGACCAUUACCUGCUCCACAAAGGUCUGCUCCUUUGGGAAACAAGUGGUUGAAAAAGUUGAGACGGAGUAUGCACGGUUUGAGAACGGCCGUUUUGUCUACAAGAUCAACCGGUCUCCAAUGUGUGAAUACAUGAUCAACUUCAUCCAUAAGCUCAAGCACCUGCCUGAGAAGUACAUGAUGAACAGCGUACUAGAAAACUUCACCAUUCUAUUGGUGGUGACAAACAGAGAAACUCAAGAGACCCUACUGUGCAUAGCCUGCGUGUUCGAGGUCUCCAACAGCGAGCACGGCGCUCAGCAUCACAUCUACAGACUGGUCAAAGACUGAAUCUCCUCCACUCACACGAGUAACACUAAGAGCAGACAGCCAGCGACCUGCUGCCCACAGAGAGAGCGGAAAAAGAAAAAAAAACUCAACAGUGGAGACUUUAUAUUCACUGAGGCUUCUAGGCUACGCAGCUGACGGACUAAAGCCUAACGGACUAAAAAAAAAAAAAAAAAAAAAGCCUUUGAAUGACUCACGACCUCAUGUUAAGUGGCUGUGCCUCUGUCAGUCCCACCCAGAAGGCUUUUGUCACAUUUCGGGUGAGGUCUGGAACGAAUAAUUACAUUAUAAUUUGUUUAUCGCUUGUGUUUUGGUGUUUGUUUUUCUUUAACCUGUCGUGUGGGUGAAACGGUACCGCUUUGUUACUUUGUUCAGACGUCUGUUUAACUCGGUUGAUGUUUUAAACCAACAUUAAUGUGUUUUUGAAAGAACGUUGCUUAUAUAAAAUCGUAUUGUCAUAGUACGUGAACGUUUUCUGUUGUUCAACCUUUUAUUCUCACUGAACUACAUUUCAAAGACUUCGCCCCUGGUAUUUUUUGACCUUUAGCCGAUUUAACGUUAAUGAAAGAACACAAAAAGGUACUGUAUUAUUUAUGUGGAACUACCUGCCUUACAAUGCACACGGGCUGUUCCAGUACUCUAAAACACUAAGAAACAGAUCCUUUUCUUGACAGAAACUUUAAAAACAACUAAAUUCAACUGUUAAUUAUGUGAAUUUUCUUUGCAUUGAAAGCUGAAGUAUGUUUUCCAUUUAAAAUCCUCCUUAAUGUGAAUAAAACCAUUUGUAGUUUAAUUUUCGCGAAAACUGUAAACAUUCCCUCGGUUGUGGUGAGAAAAUUCCGCCAUUUGUUUCGAAUAACCCGCCUAAACAUCGACUCGCCCAAUGGUGUGAGCAAUGACUGCUCUAACGGAAAAAUGAGGUGGAUUGGCGCUAAAAAUGACGUACUUCAGCUUCAAGAGACUAUCGCGUUAUUUCUUCUCAUAUCAGGCUACACAAGAAGGGAAUUUACAUAGCAAAACCACCAAAGCAUAUCGUGCCUUAGUGUUUAUCAUCGCAGACUUCAUCUAAUUGUGAGUAAAAGUAACGUUAGGCUAUAUAACCUCACAUGAAGUAUGUAUUUUGUACCGCGUUUUUGUCGAGCCAGUCUAAGCGAAGUAGGUCACCUCUUUCUCUCUUGUACACCAAAUAAACGCAUUCUAUCACUUCUGUUCACGCCAAGUGAAAGCUACAGGUGUUGAAAGUGCCUUUUGUGUGUUUUUCCAGCUUAGAAAAAUUGUUGACACCAAAAAAAAGUGAGUCAGAUUUGGAUUUUAUCACCAUAAUGCCUUUGACAUUUUAAAAGCGGGGAGAAAAUAAUUAAAUCUAAAACUAGAAAAGUGUUACUGCUCUCUCAUUUUGAUGAAAGGAUAGCCUAUUUUAAUUUUUAGUCUGAAUCAAAUGACACAUCAGGAAUUUCUUAUCUGCCGUAAGGAAGCGGUUGCUUAUGGUGUCAUGUGUAUAGGGGAAGGGCGACACGGUUUCAUGUGCACGAAGGCAUCAAGUGACGUGUGCAACGAGUGACAGUCCAGUGCUUAAAGAGCCGUCAUUACUUUGGGUAAAAUGACUCCUGAAUCUGAAUCAAACUGUUGAUCUCAGUCUUAUUUACCACACAAGAGUGUGUUUUGUUUGUUUUGUCAGCCAUAUGUUUUACAGAGUCUCUGUUAGUAAAACGAGCAUUAAAAGAAACACUAAUGUAUUUGCCGCAGUUCUUGUUUGUUUUCAGUAAGAGAACAUUUUGUCUGGAGAGCACUGAAACGUUGCGUUUGGUAGCUUUUUUUUAAUAGGUGGACUCAUGUCAAUUGUUUUCAGUUGUGUAUAUUUUCCUUGAGGGGAUGAAAAUGAAAAAAUAAACUUUUAGUGUUUGUACUUCA